CUUUUUGACCCUCAUUUCAUAGAUAAGGCUUCACAUAUCAAUUUUGUGUGUGUUGAAGACACGUUUUGUGGUGAAUCAUGUCUUCUCAACCUCCAUUUGGGAAACACUGUUCGCCAACAAAAGGGGUGAAGACCGACGUGAAAGAAAAAAAAACUUCCAGCAUUUGGGGCUAUUUGGGGCCGUUGGAGCCCUUGUUCCUUUGUUGUAUCCAACACUGCCCCCCAGCUCCAUCUUCUAGAAAUUCCAUAAGAUUGUCUCCAUUCGUAUCGGAUUUUGUAUCAGGAAGAAUUUUUCCAGGGGCACUUAGGCAGUGAAGGACGGACUUAAAUAUCUCGGCCAAGCCUUCAGCGAAUUCGUACUCAACUCCCAUAUCUCGUAUCAGCGAAUUCGCACUGUUAUCCUCGACUUUCACGAUGACCACCCCAACUACCGAAGUCCCUACCACAAUCGUGCACCACACGGUCAAAGCUGUCCUUUUUGAUAUGGACGGCACUCUGAUUGAUUCUUCGCCUGCUGUGGCUGCCGCUUGGAAACUCCUCAAAGAGACAGGCUACGAGUUCCUCGAUCUCGACCACAUACUUAAAUCAGCCCAUGGCUACAGAACUAUCGAUGCCCUCCGCAAAUGGUGUAAGAUCACAGAAGAGGAACUCUUGAAGAAAGAGGUUGUCCGUUUCGAAAACGCGAUUCUCAGUAAUGCCCAAGCCAAAGCUGGUUCAGGAGGAGGUAUUAUUGCCCUUCCGGGUGUUGCUCAGCUUCUCGACGACAUAGAGGCAUCAACAAACAACGGGCAUAGUCAAGGCUGGUCCGUUUGCACGUCCUCGACCCACUUCUACGCGUCACAAGCCCUCCCUGCCGCUGGCCUCCGCAUACCCGACGUUUUCGUCACCGCUGAGUCCGUUACGAACGGCAAGCCCGCUCCUGACCCCUACCUCUUGGGUGCGAAGUUGAACAAUGUCUCGCCCUUUGACUGUAUCGUUGUGGAAGAUGCCCCAACCGGUAUACGGAGCGGGAAGGCAAGUGGCGCUCUAGUCCUUGCUACUUGCACCUCUCACACUCGGGAGUCUCUUGAACGCGAGAGCCCCGAUUUCCUCGUUCCCAAUCUGUCAUACGUAAAAGCAUCCCGCAAUCCUGAUGGCUCGGUCUGUCUGGCUAUUGCGCAGCCUGCGGAUCGCAAAGAAACUGCGCCUACUCCCGACGACACACCCCUUCACACACCUGCCCUUUCUCGCGUCCCCAGUGCCACGGACAUUUUCACCAAGAUUCACAGUGGUACCGCAACUCCACGAGAACCUGGGACUGAAAUUGACGAUUAUGGUGCUCGUGGUAUCAAGGCCAUGGGUGGUUUUUAAUUUUAAGCAUCAAUGCUGAACUACUUGUAUAUACCCUAGAGAAUCACAGUCCUUAGACUCCAACCAUCCAUUCCAUGUACAUACUAAUACUGGCGAUUAGGUAUAUAGCACUUGUAAUCUCAAAUUAAAUGUAGAAUUAUCUUGAAACCAUCUUAUUAUUGUUAGCUCAAAGUAUCCGAGAUGCUACAUUAAAUAUCCAACGUAAAUUAUCA